AUGUCGCAACUCUUCCCAGACUUCACGCCAUUCUCGUUGCAGACCUCGCGCGAUCCGCCCGUCACGAUUCAUGGGCUCCAGAGCGGCUCAUCCUCUUCCAGUUUGCCGCCACUGUUUCUGGUUCAUGGGUUCCCACAGAGCUACCACAUCUGGCACCGCAUCGCCCCAAAGCUGACCGAGGAGUUCAACGUGGUCCUCAUUGACAUCCGCGGCUACGGUGCCUCAUCCAAACCUGCCAACGUGACCUGCUACGCCAAGAGCGCCAUGGCGCGCGACUGCAUUCAAGUGAUGGAUCAGCUUGGCUACACGGGGCGCUUCUCUGUGUGUGCUCAUGACCGCGGCGCGCGCGUCACACACAAGCUCUGCGUCGACUAUCCAGACCGCGUCAAGGCAGCCAUCCUCCUCGACAUAUGCCCGACGCUGGCCAUGUACACGGCUACCGACUUUGACUUUGCCAAGGCUUACUUCCACUGGUUCUUCCUGAUCCAGCAGGAACCCUUACCCGAGACGCUCAUCUCAGCCACCCCGAGAGAGUUCGCCAACAUGUUCAUGGGCGGGCGACAGACUGACGGUCUGCGUAUAUUUGACCAGGAGUGCUUUGAGUACUACCAGAGCGUGAUGGAGAAGCCAGAAGCCGUCCAUUCCAUGUGUCAAGACUACCGAGCAAGUGCCACGUUGGAUCUUGACGAGGCGCGAGAGGACAUCAAGGUAGGGCGGCUCAUCAGGAACCCGCUGCUCGUUCUAUGGGGCAAGCAUGGCGUGAUUGAAAACUGCUUUGACGCUGUCAAAGAAUGGCAGGCCGUCGCUGCGGAGGGCGUCACGGUCCGGGGCCGUGCUGUUGACUCGGGGCACUACAUCCCAGAGCAGGCGCCUGCCGAGGUCCUCCGAGCGAUCAGGGAGUUUCUGGUCUAG